GGGAGAUGCGGGAUUCAGGAGAAGGUCCGCCAUUAUUGGGAAGCUGAAAAAAAAAUAGACUUAAACACACCGUCACACAUUUAGCCUGCAUGGGGCUUAACAUUAGAAAGGAAAAUACAACGCUUUCGGUCGAGCUGUUUGUACACUGAAAACAUCUCUUUGGUGAAUGAAGGCAGAGCUUUGCGGUGGCGUUUGCUGCGGACUCCUUUUUUUUUUUUUUUUUUUUUUUUUUAAUUUCUUGACACAACAAAGGAAAUAAUAAUUGGUCAAAAACAACGUGGUGGUGAACCAAGAAAGGAAAAACACACCGAAACAGAGCUUUCCCAACGCCUCCCCCUUUUUUUCUCCUCGCAAGACGUUUCCAGUCGUGGUGAGAAGAAGAGAGAAGAGAGUUUGAACAGCAUUUUCUGUUUUCCUGAGGAGAUUUGAGUUGUUUUUUUUGGGUUUGUUUUACCCUUUUCAGACACAGUGAGCGAGAGAGAUAUGGAUCUCGUUUCUGAAAACUUCAGACUGAUAAAAAUCAGCAGUUAACAUGGGAAGCAAUACAGAUAGGCUGUUUGCUUAGAAAUAAAAAAGAAAGAAGCGGAAAAUAGUCAAUGUGAGUGCUCGCAGGGAGUGUUUUCUUUCUUUUUUUUUGUGUCUGUUUUUUUAAAAAGUCUCACCGGCAGAGUCGCAGAGCACCAGAGACAGAAAGGAGUGGACGAGGUUUGGAGAGGGAUGAAUGCUAUGGACCAGACCCCAGUCCAGUGAGCCCCCCUUGCAUGGAAAGCCUCCUUCUUUGGCAGCCUUCUCCUCUCCCUAGAGCUUGUGGCCAGCAUGGCAGGAUGAGCCUCUGCCAGCGAUCAUGAUGGCCAAAAAGCAAGAUGUCCGGGCACCCACCUACAACCUGGUCGUGGUUGGGCUGUCCGGCACGGAGAAGGAGAAGGGUCAGUGUGGUGUGGGAAAGUCCUGCCUGUGUAACCGCUUUGUCCGGCCAAGUGCAGAUGACUUCUACCUAGACCACACCUCUGUUCUCAGCACCAGUGACUUUGGAGGCCGUGUGGUGAACAAUGACCACUUCCUGUUCUGGGGAGAGGCUGGGCGGACGAUGGAGGAGGGGCCCGAGAGCCGUAUGAAUGUGGUGGAGCAGACAGAAUUCAUUGAUGACCAGACGUUCCAGCCACACCGAAGCACGGCACUACAGCCUUACAUCAAGAGGGCAGCUUCCAACAAGUUAGCGUCGGCUGAGAAGCUAAUGUACUUUUGCACAGAUCAGUUGGGGCUGGAGCAGGACUUUGAGCAGAAACAGAUGCCUGAGGGCAAGCUUCUGGUGGAUGGCUUCUUACUCUGUGUGGAUGUUAGCAGGGGUAUGAACCGUAGCUUUGAGGACCAGAUGAAGUUUGUCACCAAUCUGUACAACCAGCUUGCCAAAACGAAGAAACCUGUGGUACUGGUUCUCACCAAAUGUGAUGAAGGAGUUGAGCGCUAUAUUAAAGACUCACACACCUUUGCCCUAGCCAAGAAGAACCUACAGGUGGUUGAAACAUCAGCACGCUCAAAUGUCAAUGUUGACCUAGCCUUUCUUACACUGGUUCAGCUAAUAGAUAAGGGUAGGGGAAAGCCCAAAAUCAUUCCUUACUUUGAGGCACUGAAACAGCAGAGUCAACAGAUUGCCUCAGCCAAAGACCGCUACGAGUGGUUGGUCAACCGAAUUGUGAAGAGCCACAAUGAGACAUGGCCCACUGUCAAUCGCCGCAUGCAGUCGGCCCCUGAGUACAGGGACUAUGUUUUCCUUGAGGGGACUGCUAAAGCCAAGAAGCUCUUCCAGCAACAUGUGCAUAGACUCAAGCAAGAUCAUAUAGAGAAACGUAGAAAGGCUUAUCUAGGUACUCUGCCACAGGCCCUGUCUGUGCUGAUACCAGAGUUGGAUGAGAUAGACCACCUUAGCUGGUCUGGAGUUCAGAAAGUCCUGGAGACAAAGAGAGAUUUCAUCCAGUGGUUUGUAGUGUUAGAUGACACCCCUUGGGAGACCACACCACACAUUGAUAACAUGGAGGAUGAUCGAAUCCCCCAGGACCUCCUGGAGACCCCAGCAGCUGAAAAUAUCUAUGAGACCCACUUGGAGCAGCUAAGGACUGAGCGUAAACGGGCUGAGAUGAGAUGGGAGUUCAAGGAGAAGCUAAGUGUCUCUCCAUUCAUCACACCAGGGAAACCCUGGGAGGAGGCCCGAAGCUUCAUCAUGAAUGAAGACUUCUACCAGUGGCUGGAUGAAUCUGAAUAUCUAGAUAUCUACAACAAACAUCAGAAGGAAAUCAUUGACCGAGCCAAAGAGGACUUUCAGGAACUGCUUCUUGAAUACUCUGAGCUCUUUUAUGAGCUGGAAGUGGAUGCAAAGCCAAGUAAAGAGAAAAUGGGAGCCAUUCAGGAGGUGUUAGGUGAGGAGCAAAGGUUUAAAGCUCUGCAGAAGCUGCAGGCAGAAAGGGAUGCUCUGGUAUUGAAACAUAUCCACUUUGUCUACCACCCUACGAAGGACACCUGUCCCAACAGCCCCCACUGUGUGGACAGUAAGAUAGAGCAGAUACUGGCCUCCAGAUUCCCUACCCGCUACCCGUCAUCAGACAGUUCAAGACUGGAUGGGGGGAGGGCUGAACGGAUAAAUCUUGUCAUUUUGGGGAAAGAUGGGCUCGCAAGAGAGAUGGCAAAUGAGAUAAGGGCCCUGUGCAGCAGUGAUGACCGGUACGUGUUAGAUGGCAAGAUGUAUGAGUUAGCCCUGCGUCCCAUCGAGGGCAACGUACGCCUGCCAGUAAAUUCCUUCCACACGCCAACCUUUACACCUCAUGGUUGCCUGUGUUUGUACAACUCAAAGGAAUCCCUCUCCUAUGUUGUUGAGAGCCUAGAGAAGCUUAGGGAGUCAACCAUAAGUAGAAGGGAAAGGGAAAACAGCUUAGCCCAACUCCCACUGUCCCUCCUUCUGGUCACCAAGAGGGGGGUGGGAUCCAUAGGGGAUAUUGGGGGAGAGACUGCUCAGACUCUUAUCCAACAAGGGCAGCAGGUGGCUGGAAAGCUGCAGUGUGCCUACCUAGACCCUGCUUCACCGGGUAUGGGCUAUGGACGCAAUGUCAAUGAGAAGCAGAUCAACCAGAUGUUGAAGGGCCUCUUAGAAUCAAGGAGAAGCAUAGGGAGCAGCUCCCCUCCCUUACCCCCUCCAUCCUCUACCUUCAGAGACUCUCAGUCACAGCCAAUGCUUGAGGCAGACCUGAGGAUAGUAAUGUGCCUGAUGUGUGGAGACACGUACGACCUAGAUCAGCUUCUUGCUCCCUUCCUGUUUCCUCAGCAUUGUCGUCCAGCUUCAAGCCUCAGCAGUGGCACCUCCGUUCUGCUGGAUCUCAAUAUAGGAGGUCAGAAGCAGAAUAUUGAGUUGUCCUUGCUCUCCUUCCAUUCCACAUUCUCCCUUCGCAAGACCAGGCUGGUUCAUGGCUAUAUGGCAGUUUACUCUGCUCGCCGCAAGGCCUCUAUGGAGACAUUGUGUGCUUUCCUGUGUGAGGUCCAAGACAUCAUCCCUGUCCAGUUGCUAGCAGUAGGGGAGAGCCAGAUGGAGCUGUCAGACUCUGAGUCAUCUAAGGAGCAGAUUAGUCAGGGAGAGGAACUGGCCCAUGAAAUAGAGGCCAGAUUUAACACAGUAAUAUGUGGACAUGGUGGGGUAGUAGGGGGGCUUCAUAAGAUAGAUCUUUUCCAAAACUUUCUCAAAGAGGUUGUAGAGAAGCGUACUAUUGUUGAGGCUACACACAUGUAUGACAAUGCGGCUGAAGCAUGUACCAAUGAGAGCAUCAGCCCUCGCUGUGGCUCUCCCAGUCCAGUUAACAUUCUUAUGGACUCAGAAGAUGAUAUUGACCCAUCACCACCUUAUCCAACCAUGAGAGAGGAUGGUAGUCUCAGCUCCCACCUGGGAAGCAUAAAGCUGACAGAUCUGGAUUCAAGUGAUACCUUCUCUGUCAUUUCUGAACUCAGCACUUUUGAGAGCAAACUGAACAACAAGGUUCCUCCACAAGUGAAGCCCAAGCCUGUCCGUAAGGUCAACCUUGGUCCCUACAUGGACCAGCAGGGUGGCACCAACCGCCGCUCCUUGCCCCAAGCUGUCACCUGGGCUCCAGGUAGCGAUGGUGGCUAUGACCCCUCAGACUAUGCGGAGCCCAUGGAUGCUGUGAGCAAACCUCGACCUACAGAAGAGGAGAAUAUUUACUCGGUCCCUCAUGACAGCACACAGGGCAAGAUCAUCACCAUCCGCAACGCUAACAAAGGUCACUCCAAUGGGAGUGCUGGGGGGAAUGGGUCCGACAGUGAGGCUGAUAGCAGCUCACUGGAGCGCAGGAGAAAGCUGUCAGCCAUUGGGGUAAAGCCGAAGCUUUACAGAGACAGAUCCAAACGUCUCGGCAAGUUCAGCAGUUUUAGGACGAGCUUCUCAAUAGGCAGUGAUGAUGAGAUGGGAGGUCCACCCAAGGUUAUCCAGGAGGAGGGAGGAGCCCAAAAGGACAACUCCAUUGAGGAGAGUGAAGACCCCAAAAGGAGAAACAUCCUCAAGAGCCUGCGCAGAAAUGCAAAGAAACCACGACCCAAACCCAGACAUUCCAUCUCUAAACCCAUUGAAAGCAACUACUUUGGUAUGCCGCUGGUCAACGUGGUCACUCCUGACAGGCCAAUCCCUGUCUUUAUUGAGAAGUGCAUCCGUUUCAUUGAGACGACAGGUAAGAAUGAAGGUUUGAGCACAGAGGGCAUCUACAGGGUCAGCGGGAACAAGGCAGAGAUGGAGAGCAUGCAGCGGCAAUUUGACCAAGAUUACAACCUGGACCUGGUGGAGAAAGACUUCACCAUUAACACAGUAGCAGGAGCUAUGAAGGCCUUCUUCUCUGAGCUACCUGAGCCUCUGGUACCCUACAGCAUGCAGGGAGACCUGGUGGAGGCCUUCAAAAUCAACGAUAGGGAGCAGCGCUUCCAGACGAUGAAGGACAUUCUGCGCCGCUUUCCCAAGGAGAAUUAUGAGGUCUUCAAAUAUGUCAUCAGCCACUUGAACAAGGUGAGUCAGAACAACAAGCUCAACCUGAUGACCAGCGAGAAUCUGUCCAUCUGUUUCUGGCCCACAUUGAUGAGACCAGACUUCACCACGAUGGAUGCCCUAACUGCUACCCGCACCUACCAGACAAUCAUCGAGAGCUUCAUCCACCAGUGCGCAUACUUCUUCUACAAUCAGCCACUGGCUGACGGCCUCCCCGGUUCCCCCACCUCCUCGCUGUCCUCUGGCGGAGGAACUUCAGCCUACUCCUGCAUGGCUGGAGGCUACUCAUCCUCACCGACUCCGUCCCCCACUCCCUAUGUUCUCCCUGCCACCCCCCCUGUCAUUCCGCACUAUGGCCCUCCUAUCCACCACCACCAUCACCACCAUCACCAUCAACACCAACACCAACAUCAACAUCAGUCCCCACCCCACUCCCCACCUCCUACUCCCCAGUCACCAAUCCCUGCCCUGUUGCCGCCCUCCCUGCACCCCCAUCACCCUCCCACGGAACAACACACGCUGUGAAGCAGGGAUCAAGGGAAAGAGAAGGAAAAAAAAAAACAACAAAAAAAAACAAAGAAGACUUAAGUAGUUCAGAAAAAGAGAUUUUGAAGUUUUGGAAGGAACUGAAGCAGAUAAAUUGAAACAAGAACAGGAGGUAGGAAGAGAAGUUGGGAGAUAUUGAGUGAGAUGCAGUAUGUACAGGGAGAAAUCUACAUGUUUGGGAGAAGGGGGGCAUGUCAAAAAACGGACACACACAAGGCAGAAAAGGGGAACAUUGAAGAGCCUUUGAACUGUCAGUAUGAUCUUUCUCCCUCCUCGCCACUUUAUCCCAUUGUCUCACUUAAUCUAGACCUGUCCUCCUUGCCUUAUAGAGAACCUACACACACACACACACACACAAAUGAAGAGUGAAAUGUUGCCAGUAACUGUUAAAGGGACUCAGGGAGGGACUCAGAAGUGAAGUGCAGGGGGAUUUACGCAAACAGACACACACUUGACACAAACACCCAGUGGCCAGUGUGCCUCCAACAACCAUUCUCCUCAAUCCCUCAGCCUCUCUAACUGCUGGGAAUUUUGGUGGGGUGGCACACGUUCUUCACAAACUGACCUACCUAACUGUACCUACCUGGAGACUACGGCUGGAGUAAAGUGGGGCAGAAUCCUGAACACGUGUUUGUUUAUUUCACCACCAUGCCAGAGGAGUUAAGCAAGAAACAGGUGUUACUACUCACCUGACAGGAUGUUCUGUCCUCUGCGACUCACACAUUCCUGUCUAUCAACCCCUCACGCAGCUACACACAUACAUGCAAACAAAAACAGUUUCAGUCGAAGCAGUAUGCCUAGCACAGGAUGAAAAAAAACCCAACCAACUGGAUCUGCUGGGCAGCAGAUUGGGGCAAAGGAUUAUGGGUGCUCUCACACCCUUGGCAUUCUGGGAAGGCACCUCCCAGUCUCCUGUUGGCUCUCCCUCGCUCUCUCAGUAUGAACUUCAACCACAUGCCCUGUCGUUGUAAACACAUGAAGAAACUGCUUAAAAAGUGGACUUUUAAAUCAUGAUUCUACACUCAGAUCCACAGUUUCACUUUCCCAAUGUGUUUUUAAAAAUUCUGUCAUCCUCUUAUACACAGAGAAACCUGGCCUGUCAGUCAGUGAGUGACCUUGUGUGUAAGUGUCUGCGUGGCUGGCUAUCUUGUCUGUGUGCGCAUGUAUCCAUGGCGUUUUGUUUUACCUGCAUUUCCCUGUAUUAGGCAGAUAGUGGAAUAAUUCCAGUGUUGGACUUUCACCUGUCAUGUUGCUUCUUUCACGCUGUGGUGGUUUUACAAGCAACCCAGCACUGCAGUUUUCAUAGUAAGGACCUUGUUCAUCAAGCACUUUUCUGAGCACUUUGAAGGCACAUUUUAAAUUGGAGCUGCCAUGACAUGACAGCCACCGUUCACUUUAUUGUCAGUCCUCCCUACUCUCUCUCUCGCUCUCUUUCUGGGAGCACACCACUGACAUCUAGAGGAAGUAAUGGGCAUGACAGCCAUAACCUCGCUUCAACCACUGCAUGGGCGUAGCACCAUUUUCCUACUGUGGUUUUUGUAGCGUUAGCUUAUAGGUGCAAUUGUCAAGAUUUAUCUUCAUUCUAUGUCUGGUAAAAAUAUCUUGAGAGCUUAUGAACUGUAGAUAAAACAGCAAAACACAGCAAAUAAAACAGUUUUUAAAUUUGGUACAAAUCAAUUGAGAUUUCAUAUAGUACCAGUUAAAAUUUUGGACACAUCUUCUCAUUCUGUUGAAUCAGAGAGUGUGUCCAAACUUUUGAUUGGGACUGUAGAUCCAGGCUAUGUAGCCUCAAAGCAUGUGGCCAGAUUGCAGUUGAAUAGACAUGCAGUGAAUGAAAUAGUUUGCUGUUUUCUACUGUGAGUUUCCACUCCCUUGUAGACACUGAGGCACUCAGCCGUUUUUAAAGGAUUGCACACCACUUCCCAUAUUCGAGUAAAGGAAAUGAAGACUUAGGAUAGAUUGGCACAAUGUAGCAUUACAGGCCAGAAAGUAAGAGCUUGAAGCGAGACCCAAGCGUUGACAGGUGGGAGGCUUUUCAUCGACCAAAAUAAUUGGUAACCACUGCUCCUGGCCUCAGCACGUUGACCUCGUAGGACACAGCGUUAUGCCGCUGGAAGGAAGACUCAAAACCUGCUUUUGGUGAACUGGAAAUAUAAUUCACAAGAGUGUAACCACUACACCAGACUGCCCCCGCUGGCAUUGUUAUGCCACCACAUCCCCUUGUCAUUCCCUGUCCAAGAAAGACAGUUGGGUCUGGGAGAGACAGCAGACAGAACAGACAGGCCAUUCAUCCGACUGCAUGACUGGAAUGGAGCAUCACAAAAUUCCUGGGCCCAGCUUGCUGUUACCGUAGAAACGAGCGAGAUGGGGCUCGAGGAGAAUUGCUGAGCCCUGAUCGAAGCAGCUUUUGAAAUGCGUGUGUGUGAGUGCAUUUCUGUGUUUGUGUGAGCUUGAGAAGGAGAGUGCAUGUGAACUUAUGUGUUUUAAUGUUAAGCAGAUGCUCACCAAGGUCACUUAUUCUGUUUGACACUGAAUUGCAUCUCUGCAUGUCUCCCCAGACUGUCUUCUUCUCUGCCCAAAAGGGAAAAAAACCUUUUAACCAAUCACUGAACUCUUAAAGGAGCUUUUAUCAGUCUACACUACCUAUUUACCUUGUGCGUGGGUGUUUGUGUGUGUGUGUGUGUGUGUGAUGGUAGAUGAGGGGGAAUUAAGUGUGUGUUUGGGUGGAUGGGUUUGAGCUAACAUGCUAGCAUGCUGUGCUUGGCAGAUGGCCAGACACCAGCGUGAUCCAAACAAACGUGAAGAAGAGGAAUGCAGUUUUCCUCGCGGUCAUUACCCCGCUGUGUAACCCUGUUAGCUCGUCCAGAUUACACACACUGAUCCUCAGAGAAAGUGUGAGAGAGAUGAGGGAACGAUGGGGAGAGAGGGACGGGGGUGGGGGGUGGACAGCGAGCGGGUGAAUGGGAUCAUUAUUUGGGAGAUGGAGGGAGGAAGGAGGGGGUGACCACUGGUACUUGUGUGUGAACGCCGGCCAGUGGCGUUCCCUGUGUAUAUCAAUGUGUUAAUACUGAACUGACUGUGAGGCAGCCAAAGACUGUGGAAAAAAGGGUCGAGGGAGAGAUGGGAAGCAAGAUGACAGUUUAGAAGAACAAUUGAAUUUAAAAAUGUGACUUUGGUUCAGCGAUAAUAUGUGGCUGCAUUGCUUUUCUUUUUUUUCUUUUUUUUUGCAACAAUGGUGACAGAUGUCUGUUAAGUUAAAAUGAGAAACAAGCAAAACUAUAUUCAAAUGGUUGUUUAUUUGUAUGUUAGGGGUUCUAACACUUUGCCCUUUAGUCAGUGGUGAUAGAAAAAAAAAGUUUCUUUUUAUGUUUUAUUUUAAUAAUUAAAAAAAAAAUACAAAGCUUUUUUUUUUUUUUUUUAACAAUUUCUUUGUGAACGAUUGAGAGACCAGCCCAGUAUAGUGCAUGAUUACUUCCCGACCAAGGAAGAGGGCUCCACCACUCUCACUAUUUAAGAGAUGAUAAAAAACAAUAAAAAUAAAGAAAUAAUGGGGCGGGGGGAUAAUAAAAAAAUAAUGAAGUACUGUAAACUGAAAAGAUAACAUCAAAAAAAAAACAACUGUCAUUAUUUGCUGAGUAUGGUAAUUUGUCUCAAUGGGAAUGGUGUAUACAGCAAGGCCUUAUGUGAUCUGUAUCAUAGUUAAUAAAUCAAAUCUUGUAAAA